UCCUCCGUGUGCAGAAGGGAAAGGAGCCGCCAUGCAGCCAGCUCAGGCGGGGGUGUCCUUCGAAGAGGUGGCCGUGCGUUUCACCCCGGGGGAGUGGGCCCUGCUGCACCCAGCCCAGAGAGCUCUCUACAAGGAAGUCAUGCUGGAGAAUUAUGGGAACGUGGCCUCUCUGGGUGAGGAUCCUUUGCUGGUUCUUGUAGUGAGGAGUGAGUAUAAGGCAGCCCUUCAGGAGGAAGGAGGGGGCCAGGCUGUCUGCCCUGGUCCCAGUGGCUGGUCUCUGCUUCCCUCCGCUCUCCUUCUUCCGAUGUGGGGAGGGGUUCUGGGCUCUCCUUGCAAAGAGGAAGCUCCUCCCUGGCACUUCUGGGCCUCAGCUAAAUUUCACGGGCCUCUGGUCUCCAAACCUGACCUCAUAUCCCGACUGGAAGAAGAAGAAGAGCUGUUUUUCCUGGGCUGUGAUGAAGAGGCGGGAUGGGCAGGAGACAUGUGGAAGUCAGUGAAUGAAGCAGAAGAACAUCGAUGGAGGGGAAAGGAGAAUACGUAUUCUAAUGUGAAAGAGAAGUUGGAAUCUUCGGAUACACCAAGCAAAGAGGAAGGAAAACACUCAGCAAAAGGGAGGAAUAAUUCUGGUCUUUUACAAGGGGAUCACUCUCUAAAGCAAAGCACAUGUCAAAGAAACAGCAGGAAGGAGUGCACUGCAAGCAGGGAAAAUUUCCCUGAAAUAUCAGUUAUUAAUGUUCAACAAAGGAUGUAUAAUAGAAAUAAAAUGUAUAAAAGCCUGAAGCAUAGAAGAAGUUUCAGGCAGAGAGCACACCUUACUUCCCACCAAAGAAUUCACACAGGGGAGAAACCUUACGAAUGCCAGGAGUGUGAGAAAAGUUUUGGAAGAAAAGAUAGCCUCAUCUCCCAUCAGAGAAUUCACACAGGGGAGAAACCAUACAAGUGUCUGGAGUGUGACAAAAGCUUCAGUCGGAGGUCACACCUUUGUGAGCAUCAAAGAAUUCAUACUGGGGAGAAACCAUAUACAUGCCUGGAGUGUGGGAAAAGCUUUCGUUACAAAACCACUUUUACUUCCCAUCUACGAAUUCACACAGGGGAGAAACCAUAUGAAUGCCAGGAGUGCGGGACAAGUUUUGGAAGAAAAAAUGGCCUCAUCAUCCAUCGAAGAAUUCACACAGGGGAGAAACCAUACAAAUGUCUGGAGUGUGGGAAAAGCUUCAUUUACCGUACCAGUCUCACUUCCCAUCAAAGAAUUCAUACAGGGGUGAAACCAUACAAAUGCCUGGAGUGUGGGAACAGCUUUACUUACAGCUCCACUCUUACUAAACAUCAAAGAAUUCACACAGGGGAGAAAUCAUACAAAUGCUUAGACUGUGGGAAAACCUUCAGUCAGCAUUCACACCUCAGUAGCCAUCAGAAAAUGCACAUAGGGGCGAAACCAUACAAAUGCCUGGACUGUGGGAAAUGCUUCAGUCAGCGUUCACACCUCAGUAGCCAUCAGAAAAUGCACACCGGGGAGAAACCGUACAAAUGUCUGGAGUGUGGGAAAAACUUCACUUCCAGCUCUAAUCUUACUAAACAUCAAAGAAUUCAUACAGGGGAGAAACCGUUCAAAUGCCUGGAGUGUGGGAAAAGCUUCAGAGACAGAACUAGUCUUACUUCCCAUCAAAAAAUUCACACAGGAGAGAAACCAUACAAAUGCCUGGAGUGUGGGAAAAGCUUCAGAGAGAGAACCAGUCUAACUUCCCAUCAAAGAAUUCACACAGGAGAGAAACCAUACAAAUGCCUGGAGUGUGGGAAAAGCUUCAGAGAGAGAACCAGUCUAACUUCUCAUCAAAGAAUUCACACAGGUGAGAAACCAUACAAAUGCCUGGAGUGUGGGAAAAGCUUCAGAGAGAGAACCAGUCUAACUUCCCAUCAAAGAAUUCACACAGGAGAGAAACCAUACAAAUGCCUGGAGUGUGGAAGAGGUUUUGGAAGAAAAGAUAGGCUUACCUCCCAUCGAAGAAUUCACACGGGGGAGAAACUAUACAAAUGCUUGGAGUGUGGGGAAAGUUUUAGAAGAAAAGAUGGCCUCAUCUCCCAUCAAAAAAAUCACGCAGGGGAGAAACCAUACAAAUGUCUUGAGUGUGGGAAAAGCUUCAGUUGGAGAUCACAACUUUGUGUUCAUCAAAACAUUCACACUGGGGAGAAACCAUAUAAAUGCCUGGAAUGUGGGGAAAGUUUUGGAAGAAAAGAUAGCCUUGCCUUCCAUCAAAGAAUACACACAGCGGAGAAACCAUAUGACUGCCAGGAGUGUGGGAAAAGUUUUGAAAGGAAAAGUAGCUUUGUUUGCCAUCAAAAAACUCACACAGGGGAAAAACCAUACAAAUGCUUGGAGUGUGGGAAAAGCUUCACUGUAAAUAGCACUCUCACUCGCCAUCGAAGAAUUCACACAGGGGAGAAACCAUACAAAUGCUUGGAGUGUGGGGAAAGCUUCAGUGUAAGUGCCAGUCUCACCUACCAUCGAAGAAUUCACACAGGGGAGGAACCAUACAAAUGUCUUGCGUGUGGGAAAAGUUUCAGUCAGAGAUCACACCUUUGUGUUCAUCAAAAAAUUCACACUGGGGAAAAACCAUAUAAAUGCCUGGAGUGUGGGAAAAGCUUUAGUUACAGGUUCAAACUUACUUCCCAUCAAAGAAUUCACACAGGUGAGAAACCGUAUGAAUGCCAGGAGUGUGGGAAAAGUUUUGCAAGAAAAGAUAGCCUCACCUCCCAUCGAAGAAUUCACACCGGGGAAAAACCAUACAAAUGCUUAGAGUGUGGGAAAAGUUUCACUGUAAGUACCAGUCUCACUUGCCAUCGAAGAAUUCACACAGGGGAGAAACCAUAUGAAUGUUUGCAGUGCGGGAAAAGGUUCAGUCAGAGUACACAUUUUACUUCUCACCGAAGGAGACACACUGGGGAAAAACCAUAUAAAUGCCUGGAGGGUGGGAAAAGCUUUAAUCACAGUAGCAUCCUUACUUCCCAUUGGAUAAUUCACAUAGGGGAGAAACCAUACAACUGCUGGAGUGGGGGGGAAAGCUUCAGACAGAGUUAUUAUCUUACUUUGCAUCAAAGAAUUCCCACUGGGGAGAAGCAUCCAAGUGCCCUCAGUAAUUGCUCCCGAGCCGCCCCAUGGAGCAGCAUUGCAGACGGCAGCUUGGCUCCUCCUGCAGAGAACACGAGAGCGUUGGUUGCGUUCCGCUGCAGCACUGAAAGGGUUAACGCCAAAAAGCCAUAG